AUGGACGAAAAUAGAAACAAGCUAACCAAAAGAGCUAGAACGGAACUUGAACGCUGGAAUCCAGAUAACAUCAAAGACAGGCUCAGAGUGGCUCGUAUUGGGAUGAAGUUAUACCAAGAGUAUUACGACGUAUACGAUACGGCUACUAUCGUGAAAGUGAUUAUCAGCAGAGCCAGUGGUGACAAAAUGGCUAUCAAUGAGGCGUGA